AUGGACCCCUCGUUUCUACCUCGGUCCUUGUGGACCAGCGACGGCAGGAUUCUCCAUCAUUCGGCAGCCGACGUCUUUACCAGCGUGGUGGUGACGCGCAGCAUCCCCGCCGGCACCUCGUUCGGCCCGUGCGUCCUCCACCACACCUUCUACGACACCAUCGCCUUCAUCGCGCAGAAGUCCCGCGACAAGAGAGCGAAGUCCUACGUGUUCAGGGUGGACCCGGAGGCGAUGCGUAACGCGGCGCUGGUGCUGUCCUGGCUGCGGCUGGUGCACGCCGCGCGUAACAGGGAGGAGCAGAACACCGAGGCCUACCUGAAGGCGGGCCAGCUAUACGUCCGCACCACCCGGGACAUCAGGCAGGAGGAGGAGCUGCUGGUGUGGUACGACCAGGAACUGUCUCAUCUGCUGGGCUUAACCGACGUGGCUGCGAGGGCGCGAGCUGAGGGUGAGGAAUGCCCAAGGUGCGACCAGGCUUUCAAGAACGAGUAUCCUCUCCAGGCGCACUGCCGCUUCCUGUGCGGCGCCCAGGUCAAGGACGGCGCAGCGUGGAGCCGCGAGGCGUACGAGCAGAAGCGCAUGGAAAUGAAGAGGCAGCACCGGGUGACCGACUUCCACAACAUCGCCAGAGAUCUGGAGCACAAGAAAUCCGGCACCGCGGACGACGCCGAGAUGUCCAAGAAAAGGAAACACGAGGAGACGGUUUAUUCCAGAGGGAGGAAAUCGGUGCUGCUGGAAAAGAACAAUAUUUCCAACGACAACAACAUCACACAGCCGGCCAGGGACCACGACCGAGCGGCGUUGGACGCAGACAGACUCAAAGGAGACCACCUGGAAUGUAGGAGCGGCGCCCUCCCUGAGGCCGGGGACGCCAAAGGGAGAUUUACGCACGACAAGCGAGGAGCCGCCGCGCUGGAGAGACCGCCCGCGUCGGGAGAGAGCUCCGGUGCGCACCCAGCCAGCAGCGCGUUUUCCCUGGUCGCGCCAAACGGCCAGGGGGAGCAGAGGAGCGCUUUCUGCAAACCGAGCAGGAAAAUCCCACCCAGCGACCCCACGGCGCACCUGCCCAGUGCGCCCGCCGCCCUCUGCAGCCGGCUGGAGGACGUGGCCGACGUGUUCAACUCCAGGAGCGUCGUGGGCUACAGCAGCUUGAUGACGCCCGGUAUGCUGACCGGGGACCUGCGGGGUCCGCAGGCCGUGCGCACAGCGGCCACCGUGAGCGGCGGGGCUUUCCAUUACGCGCCGGAGCACUGGUCCGCCAGCGUGGGCGCACAGCUGCAGGCCCCCUCCUCCCUCACCAUCCUCCCACCGACCUUCACCUCCUUCGGCGUGUCGGUGCAGAACUGGUGUGCCAAAUGUAACCUGUCCUUCCGAAUGACCUCCGACCUCGUGUUCCACAUGCGCUCCCAUCACAAGAAGGAGUUUGCCGCCGAAUCCCAGGUGCGGAAGAGGCGGGAGGAAAAGCUGACGUGCCCGAUCUGCCACGAGUACUUCCGCGAGCGCCACCACCUCUCCAGGCACAUGACCUCUCACAACUGA